AUGGAUGAGCGCAACGUGUCAGAUGCAGCCUCGGCCCCCGGCACAUGCGCCGGAAACCCGGCUUGGGCAGAGCAUUUACCAACAUCUGAAAUGGCUGAAUUAAGGGAGCGUCUUGCCUUGAUGGAGCGUCUGGUUGGUGACAUGGGCAUGUUGUCGGCUUCCCGCGUCAAUCAAGAGAAUGUUGUCGCUGAGACAUCACCAAUGCAUGACCCAGACAUAUCGACACAAGUGCGACUCGAGCCACCACCAGAAGCGUUGCGAACGCCUCCUUCAUUACGGCUUCCAGUGCAGGCAGUAUCCCCAGCUCAUGCAUCACGGCGUCGUGUCUCGCACUCAGCUUACCACACGACCGAGGAGCGCGAGUUGAAACGGCGGCGUCUCCUACAAGACGAGCAACCAAUCGACCGCUCAAGAGAAAUAGACGAACCGAACCAGGUUCAAGGCCCAGAAUCAGCCCACCUCGAACCCACUUGUGACGCUCUCAUAGAUGCAUACUUUCGUGAUGUUCAUCGCGCGUACCCUUUUCUUGAUAGGAAUGCCCUGCUUAGCGCCAUGAGGAAGAGAAACGAGAAGGAUAUCCUAUCAAGCAAAGGCCAGGACCCAGAAGCCACAAUGGCAUAUCUUGUCAUGGCCAUCGGUUCUAUAACAUUGCAAAGGGCAACUCAGGAUCCUGAAACCCCUUCUGAUUCCGGGACAGUCUUGUUUGACGUUGAUUAUGAAGGACUGGUCUCAAAGUGCAUGAUGAGCGAAAGCAUAGCAAAUCUCCAGAUCUUGCUGUUGCUUGCGAUUUAUUCCCUAUCCGAUCCUGCCGGAAUGAACACGUGGGCAAUAGUCGAUGUUCUAGGCCGCCAGGCCCUGCGCCUGGGUCUCACAAAAGGGGACACUGCUGGCAAGGGCUGUUCUGCGGCCGAGGUGGAACGAAACCAUCGCCUGUUCUGGAGUAUUUACGUUCUCGACAGGAUGGUUGCACUCACGACCGGCACACCAGCGGCCAUGAUCGAUACCAAUAUGGACAUACCUCUACCCCGGAUCACCGUUGAGGAGUUUGAUUCGCCCCAGCGCCAGGAGCAGGCACACGUGCUCCAGGUCUCCCGACACAUUAUACAACUCCGCACGAUCGAGUACAAGGUUCUCCAAGAAAUACACCUCAGAGACCAAAAGUCUACCAGCGCCUUGACGCGCGAGGACCGCUACACCCUUGUCGUGGGUCUCCGGGCAGAGAUCGAGAACUGGUACAGCAAUGGCUGCCUCCUGCAAUCCAACGAGCUCGACGACAUGACGAUUCAUAUCCGAAUAUGCUGGCUUGCGGCGCGAUAUUACAACCUGCUGCUGCUUCUCUACUAUCCAUGUCAUUUCAACCCGGGAACAAUGCUCCUCUCCAAUGGCGAGUUGCUUUCAUUGGCGAGAAAGCAUGUCCAGGCCAACUUUGUACGGUUCCAACAGCGACAACUGCCUUUGAACCGCCUCACACUCUGUAGAAUAUUCCCCGUGUGCAUGGUGUUUCUUCAUUGUUUCCUCUCUCGCCAAAGCGUGGCAGAGUGCGCCCGCGCUCGCGAAGAAAUAUCAAUGUGCGCCGAUAUUCUCGCCGCCUUCCCAGAACCCUGGACGCUUGCCCAUCGCGCGGCGCCCAUCAUUCGCCAGCUGGCUGCCCUCGUGUCCAGUACUUCCACUGAGGUUGGAGAUGAGGCAGGCCUCACAGAGGCGGACCAGGCUUGGUGCCUGGCAAUCAAGCUCAGUCUUUCAGAACUCUCCGAAAAGGUGUUGGGAAGAGGGAGUAUCUACAGGAAUAUCCAUUGCUGGCAGGGUUCGGAGUCUGGGAUGCCUGAAAGUGAAAUGUUGUUGUCCGAGAAGCCUUCGUUGCCUUGGGCACACUUUACACCAGAAGAAGGCGACGGGAUUGAGGUCCAAAAUGGGGCUUUUGUUAUCGAGGCUGCCCAAAAGACUUCAAGUGACUCUGGGAUAUUUGCAGGGCCAUCUGUUUUGGAUUACUUGUGA